AUGGCCAAAACGUAUAGCAACAAAGUUGCCAAGAAGCAUACGAAGAAGACGAGGAAGAAGUCUUCAGCAUUGAAAACGCUGCAUGGCGCUCUCAAAUCCCUACUGCAAGAUACUACUACCGAAUCAAUGACUUUUAAGAAAAAAGUCUCAGUAGGUGGAGGUGUCAAACAUAAUGAAAUCCCAGUUUUGAAAGAAAAUGGCGUAGUAUACAUCAUGUCGAAAGAAAACGUACUGAUUCCUCGAUUAUCGGAUGACGAAAUUAUGGCAAAACACAAGAAAGCUGAUGAGACAAUGAAAACUGUGUGGAAUAAUAUCAUCGAUAAAUAUGAGAACCUCGAUGAUCAAGGUGACUUGAUUGAUUUGCAGAAAGGUGAAAUUCUAGAAGACAAUGGCCAUAUAAGAAAUCUAGGUCAAAAUGGUAGCAUAGAUGAGAAAAUACGGUACAAAAGUACAUUAAAGGGACUAAUACCGACUACAGAUGGAAGUCGUGAUGGUGCUGAUGACAGUGAAGAGGAUAAUGAGUUUAGCGUGUGGCAAGAUGAUGCUUCCAAGAGUGACGCUAGCGAAGACUCCUCGGAUGAAAGCUUUACAAGUAAUAGUAGCUCCGAUGAGGAAUCGGACUCUGACGUUGAAAGUACGGCCUCGAGUUCGGAUGACAGCAUUUGA